AUGGCGGUGCCGUCGCCUCGGCCGUCGCUGCGGGCUGGGUUUGCCGCGAAUCGACGCUCUGUGCAUCACAUGGAGGGCGACGUCAUCGACUUUGGUCUCACAGACCCCACAACCUCUCUCUCCGCAUCGUCUAGUCACGGCUUUGAACGGUCUGCGAGUUUUGACAUCCAGGCCGGUGCCCUGACCUCAGGUCUAGAUCGCUUGAAGAAGGAGAUGUCGAACAAGGCUGCCCGGUCUCGAGGCAGGACCGUCAGCACCGUACACGAGGAGGCAGAGGGCUCGAGUCUUGGCAGUGACUGCAGUAGUGAAAGCAGCAGCGACAAUGAAGGACACGAGUCUGACACUGACUCGGAGAGCAACACUCAUCUUGGCCAGUCCUUCAGCCAUCAGCCUCUGACACUGCCUAGCCCCGCAGAGGCGCAAGCGCUGAUGCAACGAGCGGCGGGGCAGUGCUCCAGCGAGGCGGGGUCGUGGCACCUGCGCCGCUUCUCUCUCUCGGCCAGUGCGCUCUAUCUGUUCCUCACAAACGGACCCAGCGUGGAUCUGGCCGAGGUGGAGCCCUUUCUUACCGUUCCACUGGGCAACAUCAUUACCCAUCGCUUGCAGCCGACCUGGCCAGCCAUGCAUCAACCGGACUUGGCCCGCGCCCUGUUGCAACGGGAGCACUGCCGCGCAGUCCGCAAGCAGAUCAAGCGGACCAUGCGCCCCGCCCGGCGGCCCCGCUCCCUAGCAUUUUGGAGACGGGGUGCGGAUGCGUCAGCUGCACUUUCUUGCCUCUCCAUCCUCCUUCGCUCGGUGCCCGGGCUGGGUGAACCCGAGCGCCUACAAUGCCUAUGUCUUGGCCUCCCGACCCCCGCCGCUGCAGCCCAGCUCAACGCUGCGCUCGAGCAGCUCGUACCCGCAGCGGCGCGGCUUUGCGCGCAGCCGCCCAGUAGCCAACCCAAGCGACCAUCUCUGCAUGCAGAGCUGCUGCCCAACCCUUCCCCGCGUGCCUCACCCAUGCCCAAACGCGCGCACAAGGCAACUCCGCUCUCGCGCGCAAGCUCUGCCCGCUCCAGCUCGACGCACUCACGCACCGAGCUGAAUACCAUUGUCCCAGGGCACGAGGAUGACCCGCUGCCGCCUCCAGUAUCCUCCUCUUCCACCACAGCUUCCGCACUGCCUUGGCGGGCCACCAGCCCCUUGGGCGGCGUCGAUAAAAACGCGUUACAGGCACAGCUGGCCGCGCUAGCCCUUGAAGCCUCUCAGCAAGUCAAGCGCCGCCAAGCCCUUUCACCCACGCGCCCCCGGCGAGCCUCGCAGUCGGCACCCACCUCACCACAGCCCAGUCGGCGCGCCUCCAAUCGGCGCAAAAGCUCCCGCUCACGUUUUGGCGGCAGCAGCGAACAUCUGGCCCGCGACCCUCGCAAAAGCAGCCUGUCUUCCAACAUUGAUCGCCGAAGCACGGCGGCCCUCGUCUCAGCCUGGCACAGCGCCGACGACCUUGCGCUCUUCGAAGAACCCGAUCUCGCUGAACCCCUCCCCCUUCCUGGCCUCGAUGUGUUUGGCGCUGGCGGCAGCACUCAGCAUCUGCGUUCCAUCUCGCCUCACCCCCGCGCGCUGUCCGGCCGUACCUAUGGCACCCGUUGGUGA